ACCUGGGCAGCCUCCACCAUCUCAGCACGUGCACACAUUGCAGGCGUCGAGAGCAGCCUCCUCAUCGGCUGUACAGAGAUGUACGGGGAUGCGGUCAUCUUCGACGAGUCACACCCUUGCGAGUAGUCCGUUAKGCAUGCCCUCGCUUCCUGCACAGUGACUAGGUGCUAUCAUGGAUAAUGUAAAGACAAGUCGUGCCGGCAGGAAGAGAAAACUGAGCGAGGAUGACGGUGCCACAACUCCUGUUACCAAAAAGAAGGUGGGUGGCACCGGCAGACCUCGUGGUCGCCCACCAGGAAAAGGCAAGGGCGCAGGGCAGAGCGCUUUAGGUGAUGUGAGGUUCACCCCUUCUCACGUGUCGCAAGCAGUGGGUCCACAAGGGGGCGCUGCUCAUGGUGUACGUACCCGUUCUCGAGCCGCCGGAGACAGCACAUCGAAACACUCUUCCCGCAUCGUAGACGAUGAUCCUGAUGAGGACAAUGAUGCACUUUCAUCAGAUGGUAUGUCCGGCAGUGAUUAUGAAGAGGAGACACGUCUGAGGGGUGUAGAUGAGGACGUCUCUGAUGACACCUCAGAGAGCGCAGAUGACACCGCAGAGUAGCGGGACGAGGGUCGCUGAUGAUGAAUGGAUGUGAGUGUGUGCGCUGUCUUUGGGGUAGGUCUGGUGUGAUGGAUGCUAGUGCUCGUCUGAUUGCUUGACAGUUGUCUGGUGCUUUGCUGCGAGGGUGGUGGGAAGAGACAGACAGAGAGAUGACUGGGAGAUGCAUUACGUUGUUGUAACCUGUGUCGUGCAUUUGGUUAUGAAUCUCUGAAUCAAACUUUGUGUACUUU